AUGAUGAUGAUUAAUGAUAAAACAAUUUAUUUAAAUAGUUCAAGAUUAUUUUGGAAAUUAGAUCCAUGGGAAGAUGAUUUAAGACGACGACGACGUUUAAUACGUAAUCAAAAUGGUUCUGUACAUAAUGAAGCAACACAAAAAUCAUCAUUUAAUGGUAUUAAGGAUGAUAUAAUAAUAUCUUUUAUACAAGAAGAAAAUUUAUUAAAACAACAAAAAAUACAAAAUUUUAAUCAAACAAUAACAGAUAAUGAUGAAAUAUUAAAAGUUGAUGAAAAAGAUCUUGAUCAAGAUUUUUCAGGACCAAUACGUUUUUCAACAGAAUGUUCAUUAAUUUGUGGUAUAAAUAUAAUACGUGGUACUUUAUCUAUGACACAUAAUGUUAUGUUAUUUGAUGCUGAUGAAUAUGAUGAAAGUUAUAUAAAAAUUGAUUCAAAAAUGUUUUCUUAUAUUGAUAAUAUUCAUGGAAAAUGGCAUUUUAAUGAAAUACGAGCUAUAUUUUCAAGACGAUAUCUUUUACAAGAUAAAGCAUUAGAAAUAUUUGUUUCAAUUAGAACAAGUGUUAUGUUUGCAUUUAUUGAUCGUUCAAUUGUAAAAAAAGUUGUAAACUUUUUACCUCGAGUUGGUGUUGGUGGUCGUUAUGAUUUAAAUCAAUAUCCUGUAUUUCCAUGGAUUAUAGCUGAUUAUGAAAGUGAAAAACUUGAUUUAAAUUCUCCAUCAACUUAUCGAGAUUUAUCAAAACCAAUUGGUGCAUUAAAUCCUACAAGAAAAUCAUUUUUUAUUGAACGUUAUAAUAAUUGGAAAUCUGAUACAAUACCACCAUUUCAUUAUGGUACACAUUAUUCAACAGCUGCAUUUACACUUGGUUGGAUUAUUCGACUUGAACCAUUUACAACAUUUUAUUUAAAUUUACAAGAAGAAAAAUUUGAUCAUGCUAAUCGAUUAUUUCAUUCAAUACCAUUAUCAUGGCAAAAUUGUCAACGUUAUUCAUCAGAUGUUAAAGAAUUAAUACCGGAAUUUUUUUUUCUACCUGAAAUGUUAACAAAUUAUAAUCAUUAUAAAUUAGGACGAACUGAAGAUGGAAUUAAAGUUGAUGAUGUUAUUUUACCUAAAUGGGCACAAACACCAGAAGAUUUCAUUCGAAUUAAUCGAACAUCAUUAGAAUCUGAAUUUGUUUCAUGUCAUUUACAUCAUUGGAUUGAUUUUAUUUUUGGUUAUAAACAAAGAGGACCUGAAGCUGUUCGUGCUGUUAAUGUUUUUUAUUAUUUAACAUAUGAAGGUACUGUUAAUCUUAAUUCAAUAACAAAUCCAACAGAUCGUGCUGCUAUUGAAACACAAAUAAGAAAUUUUGGUCAAACACCAGCACAACUUUUAACUGAACCACAUCCAUCAAGAAAUUCAGCAAUGAAUUUAACUCCAAUGAUGUAUAAUGUUACACCAGAAGAUGUAUCAAUGAUAAUGAAAUUUUCAUCAAAUGUACCUAUUAUUCAUGUUUCUGCUAAUACAAAUCCAACACUUUCUAUACAAGCUAUUAUUACAAUUAGUAAUAAACAUGAUUUUUCUAUAAAUAAAUAUCAUCCAAAUGCUAGUACACCAACAUAA